CUCACCUCAAUUAAACACGCAGUACAUUUCCUGGUUAAAGAAUAAGCUAUAUUGUAAACGCAAACCUGCUCUUUUCCUACCCUCGGUUGUUUGUGUAUAUUUGUUCGUAUUUCACUAUUAAAUUGUAUAUUUUGUGCAGGUAGAAAACACAAGACUGAACGUUUUCAAAAUGAGUGUGCUGCCUGUGGGUCAGUUGAGUCUACACGGUUCUCAUCAUGUCGAUAAGUUCCGCGCUCUGCCUUUCUGCGCACAUUCUCUGACAGACAGAAGCGUCCUUUAUUUUGCGUUGGUAUUACUUUAUUUCCGUGUUACAAAAUCUUAGAGAUGGCAGAAACUGCUCCAGCACCAGCCGCUCCUGCUCCGGCUAAAGCUCCCAAGAAGAAGACCGCAGCAAAGCCCAAGAAAUCGGGUCCCAGUGUGUCGGAGCUCAUCGUCAAGGCUGUGUCUGCCUCCAAGGAGCGCAGCGGGCUGUCCGUGGCGGCGCUCAAGAAGAUCCUGCAGGCCGGCGGCUACGAUGUGGAGAAGAACAACUCCCACGUCAAUAGAGCCCUCAAGAGCCUGGUGACCAAGGAGACCCUGCUACAGACCAAGGGCACCGGCGCCUCGGGCUCCUUCAAGCUCAACAAAAAAGCAGCUGAAGCCAAGAAGAAAGCAGCUCCCAAGAAACCAGCGGCAAAGAAAGCGGUUGUCAAGAAAGCGACGAAAAAGGUUUCAGCAAAGAAAGCAGCGACACCCAAGAAGUCUCCUAAGAAAGCGAAAAAACCAAAAGCUGUAAAGAAGGCGCCCAAGAGCCCAAAGAAAGCGGCUGCCAAGCCUAAAAAGGCCGUCAAGAGUCCGAAGAAAGCGAAGGCAGCGCCUAAACCUAAAAAGGCAACCAAGGCAGCUAAACCCGCAGCGAAGAAGGCGGCUCCUAAAAAGAAGUGAACAGUUAAAGCGACGAUGCGACAAUGAACCCAAAGGCUCUUUUCAGAGCCAACACAU